AUGUCUGACAUCAUCAAAAGGGAAUUUGCUGAGCUUGCCGUUGAUGGCAGCAAUUACUUGACUUGGGCUUUAGAUGUUGAAAUCUACCUGAAUUCUUGUGAUUUAAGCAACACUAUUGCUCCAGCUUCUCAGAGCACCUCUGCCCAGAAGGCAAAGGCAUUGAUUUUUCUUCGUCAUCAUCUCAACAAAGACCUGAAAAAUGAGUACCUUACUGAAAAAGAUCCUGCUGUUCUAUGGCAAUCCCUGAAGGAUCGCUUUGACCAACAGACGGCUAUUAUGCUUCCGCAAGCACAGUAUGAUUGGUUAAACUUGCGAUUUCAGGAUUUUAAAUCCGUAACUGAAUACAAUUCAACCCUCCACCGCAUUGUCUCACAGCUGAAGCUCUGUAAGCAGAACAUUACAGAGGCUGAAUUGAUUGAAAAGACCCUCUCUACAUUCCAUGCAAAUAAACACAACCAACUUCUGAUGCGCAACCAUAAUGCUAGACCAGUUGGUUCGCUAGCUGUGCCUGAAGCACAUGCCACAAAUCAGAGUAAUACUCAUAGGCGUGGACGUGGUAGAGGUCGUGGACAUGGUCGCGGGUCUUAUCGUGGUGGUAGGGGUCGUGGUCGUCGCAAUACUAAUAGUCUUCAAGACUGUAACAAGGGUCAGAACAAGGAUAAACCUUAUUCACACAAGCCUAGCUCUCAUCAACAGGUUACAAAUAACAAACAAGCUUGUUAUCGGUGUGGAUGUGAGGACCACUGGUCUCGCACAUGUCGUACACCGAAACAUUUGGUUGAGGCAUAUCAGAGAAUGCUGAAGGACUCAAAGGGGAAGUCAAAACAUGGUGAAACACAUCAUGCCAGUUUGCCUGAAGCAAACAUGACCCUGAAAGAUGACAAUUAUGAUGAUAAUCUGUUGAAGAUGGGAGAUAUGAAUAUGGACGAUGAUGACUUAUUGAAGAUGGAGCUUGAUGAUUUUGGCGACCAGGAGUGA